GAUUUUCCCAUGGGAAUGUGAGAGGAUUUGACAAUACAAUACAGAAGCCCUAAACGUUAGAAGGACGAUGAAGUUCGCCGUGAAAGCAUGGAGCAGCGGCGGAGGCCGCUCGGGCCUUCUGCAGCUGGGCGGCUGUCCUCUCGACACUCCCGCCGUCCUCCUCUCCACCCGCAAGGGUCUUCCUUUCUUCCUCUCUCCCGACCUCCUUUCCUCUCUCCCCUCUCCUCAUUCCCGUCUCCUUCACCUCUGCCCCCUCCAUUUCUUCGAGGGGCUAUCGCUGCAAACGGUGUCGAGCAUGGGAGGGCUACAUAAGCUUCUGAGUUUGCCUGAUCACCAUUACUUAUCCGUGCUCAGGGAUUCAAUUGAUUGCGUUCCUGAUCCAAGCGCAACUAACAAAUUCGGAGCUUCUUUUGAUACACCUUACGGCCGUUUCUUGGUUAAGCCAGCAGACUACGUGGACAUGAUUUCGUCCAUGAAGCCUAACAUUUGGGCUACUUUAGCUGAUGAAGUACCUAACACUGUAUCGGCCAAGCGGAAUAAGACUUCUGUCGAACGAACUCUCCGCUGGCUUGAUGAAUGCAUCGCAUUAAGCCCUGUUGGUUGUGGAGCUAUCUUUGGUUCCAUUGUUGGGGGUGACUCUGUUGAAGAACGUCGACGCUGUGCUCAGGAUGUUGCGAAUAGAAGCUUAUCUGGUUAUUGGAUUGGAGGGUUUGGUCUCGGAGAAAACACAGAAAAUCUUGCUGCUCUCAUGAAUGCUGUCACAGAAUGCUUGCCAGAUGAAAAGCCGCGUUUGGUAUCCGGGCUUGGAACUCCAGAGGAGAUCUUGGAAGGUGUAGCUGCGGGUGUUGAUCUCUUCAAUAGCGCCUAUAUCUACGAUCUUACAUUACGAGGCUUCGCACUGAUAUUCCCUGCGGAAAGCAUCAAGGCAGAUUUGGCAAAGUUUGUGAGUGUUGGCAGUGGAGGCGACAGAACAAAAAUCAAUCUUAGAGAGACUGGAUUCAGGAAAGACAUAACGGCGUUAGUGGAAAACUGCAGGUGCUACACAUGCUGUAAUCACACCAAAGCAUACAUUCAUCACCUGCUCAACGUGAAGGAGUUGCUCGCUCACAUUUUGCUUGAGAUACACAAUACUCAUCACUAUCUCGGGUUUUUUGCGUCAAUCAGAGAAGCCAUAAGAGAGGGCCAAUUCGAGGAGUUGAGGCGGCAGUUUCUUGACAAGACAGACUGUGUGUCAGAGUGACCCUUAUAGAGAAAACCUUGGUUCCUUAUACGAGCGCGUGCGCGUGCGCGUGCGCGUGCGCAGACACACAAAAAGAAGUUGAGAAUAAUGCUUCACGGAGGAAGGAAAGAGUUUCUCUUUGUAUGCAUUUCAUUCAAGUAUGUUACUUUGUGGAGAUAAAUGGUUAAAGAGAAAUAGGAGCGUAUUGCUAUGUCUAAAAACAUUGUUACAGUGACUAUGAGAACACUCUUGGCAUUA